GAUGCCAGAGGGUCAGUGCAAUCUCUCACCUCCCCGGCCAAGCCCCAGGUCUCUCUCCUGCCCCUCUCAGAUCUCAGAGACCCCACGGUGCAUAUUCCCUGGCUGGGCCUCCCCUGCUUUUGAUACAUAUGGCUCCCCAGAACCCGGACCUCCCUCUCCCCAACACCCAGCCCAGUCUCUCCACAUCUGGCCUCAGAGCCCUCUCCAAAAAGUUCUCCCUGAUGUCUAACUCUAGUCUUACCUGCUGCAAAGGAGAAUUCCACUUCCUUUCUGUCCUACAGUCAGAGGACAGGAAACCCCAAGGGUCAGGUCAGCCGUGCAGUAGCAAAGUCCAUCAUCUCAGGGCGGGCGCUCGGGCAGGAAUGAGAACCAUGCACCCGCAAGGUUUCUAAAGGGGGUUCCCCGGCAGCAAGGCCCUGAGGGCAAGCAGGGUCACUCCUCCCAGGCCCUCCCCUCUCUAUCCCCGGGAGGCGGGGCAAGGGCACCAACCUGGGCCACGGCCCCGCCCCCCGCCCCCAGGGGGCUGGCAGGAGCUUUGCUGGGGACCCUGCCCCGGCUUAGGCGGCUGCUGUGGGCGGGCCCCUGGCCUUUCCAGCCCCUGGCCUCCCCCUGCAUUCUAGAGCCCAGAGCCUGCCGCCGCUGAGCUGCUCCUUCUCAGCCUCCGGCCCACCCAGCAGCUCCCCUCACCUGGCCAUGACCCCAGCGCCCCCAGGGACCCUGGCCCAGCCCUGAGCCCUGGGACCUCCAGCCCCCUCCCCUGGGCCAUGGCCAACUCGGGCCUCCAGCUCCUGGGCUACUUCCUGGCCCUGGGCGGCUGGGUGGGCAUCAUCGCCAGCACAGCCCUCCCGCAGUGGAAGCAGUCCUCCUACGCGGGUGACGCCAUCAUCACGGCCGUGGGGCUCUACGAGGGGCUCUGGAUGUCCUGCGCCUCCCAGAGCACCGGGCAGGUGCAGUGCAAGCUCUAUGACUCCCUGCUCGCCCUGGAAGGUCACAUCCAGUCAGCGCGAGCCCUGAUGGUGGUGGCCGUGCUCCUGGGCUUUGUGGCCAUGGUCCUCAGUGUGGUCGGCAUGAAGUGCACUCGGGUUGGAGACAGCAACCCCACCGCCAAGGGCCGCAUCGCCAUCUCUGGGGGUGUCCUCUUCCUGCUGGCAGGCCUCUGCACUCUGACAGCCGUUUCGUGGUAUGCCACCCUGGUGACACAGGAGUUCUUCAACCCCAGCACACCUGUCAACGCCAGGUACGAGUUCGGCUCGGCCCUGUUCGUGGGCUGGGCAUCGGCCGGCCUGGCCAUGCUGGGGGGCUCCUUCCUCUGCUGCACGUGCCCCGAGCCUGAGCGCGCCGCCAGCAGCCCGCAGCCUUACCGGCCGGGCCCAUCAGCCGCUGCCCGAGAACCAGUUGUUAAAUUGUCCGCCUCCGCCAAGGGCCCCCUGGGUGUGUAAUGUCCAGGCCCCCACCCUGACUCUGUCCCCCGCCACAUCUAGCCUGCGUGUUUGGUAUUUUUUGGAAAGAGAAGCGAACAUCCAGCCCCAAG